GGAGGCCAUCUUGUCCCGACCGACUCCCCGGAACCGGGCGGAGCGGCUGGGAAAGGCUGCGGACUCGCGGUCGCCGCCCCUCGGAGGCACGGACGCCGCCACCGUCGGGUCCCGCCCGCCGAGGCAGUUCCAGGUCUCCCGCUCCGACUCGACACCCGCCCUUGCUUCCCGGGUUCCCAAGAUCGCCGGGUGAGGAGUUGGCCGUGGUGAGAAGGACCGAUCCCGUGGGGCCGCCGGCGGCCAGAGCCUGAGCCGCUCCUCCCAAUGGCGAAGAAGACGUACGACCUGCUUUUCAAGCUGCUCCUGAUUGGGGACUCGGGAGUGGGGAAGACCUGCGUCCUUUUUCGUUUCUCGGAUGAUGCCUUCAAUACUACCUUUAUCUCCACCAUAGGAAUAGACUUUAAGAUCAAAACAGUUGAGUUACAAGGAAAGAAAAUCAAGCUACAGAUAUGGGACACAGCAGGUCAGGAGCGAUUUCACACCAUCACAACCUCCUACUACAGAGGAGCAAUGGGUAUCAUGCUAGUAUAUGACAUCACCAAUGGGAAAAGUUUUGAAAACAUCAGCAAGUGGCUUAGAAACAUAGAUGAGCAUGCCAAUGAAGAUGUGGAAAGAAUGUUACUAGGAAACAAGUGUGAUAUGGAUGAUAAAAGAGUGGUACCUAAAAGCAAAGGCGAACAGAUUGCAAGGGAGCAUGGUAUUAGAUUUUUUGAGACUAGUGCAAAAGCAAAUAUAAACAUCGAAAAGGCAUUUCUCACAUUAGCUGAAGAUAUCCUUCGAAAGACCCCUGUAAAAGAGCCCAACAGUGAAAAUGUAGAUAUCAGCAGUGGAGGAGGCGUGACAGGCUGGAAGAGCAAGUGUUGCUGAGCAUUCUCCUGUUUCAUCCGUUGCCAUCCACCACCCGUUUCUUUUCUUGCUGCAAACUAAAACACUCUGUCCAUUUUUAACUCUAAACAGAUAUCUUUGCUCCUCAUCGUAACUAUUCAAUCCACCUAUUUUGUUUGUUCUUUCAUCUGUGACUGCUUGCAGACUAUUAUAAUUUUCUUCAAACAAAAAAAAUGUAUAGAAAAAUCAUGUCUGUGACUUUAUUUUUAAAUGUACUUGCUCAACUCACUGCUGCAUUUCAGUUGUAUUAUAGUCGAGUUCUUCUUAUCAACGUUUAAACCUAUAGCAAUCAUUUCAAUUCUAUUCUGCAAAUUGUAUAAGAAUAAAAGUUAGAAUUAACAAUUUUAUUUUGUACAACAGUGGAAUUUCCUGUCAUGAAUAAUAUGCUUGAGUCCCUAUAAUCUAUGAACAUGUGAUAGCAAAAGAAACAAACAAAAGCCAGGAAAACACUCAUUUCACCUUGAAUAUGUAAGUGGGGUUAAUUUUGUCCUGUGCCUUAUGUGGAAAGGAACUUUGAUUUUUCCUUUUUGUUCUGGUGGAAGCAUGUGCAGGAGACAUAUCAUCCAAACAUAAACCAUUAAAAUAUUUGUGGUUUGCUUUGGCUGUAAUUUUCAAAGUAGUUUAUUGAGGGAAAAGGGUAAUGCAGAAAUGAUAGCUUUGGCUUGCCAAAUCUCAUUUUAGUGGCCUUGAUAUGUAAACUGUCCCUGCCACCAGUUCUUCUAGGCCACUUUCUCCUUGAGUCUCAUCUUCCUGCAUGCUGCUUUCUUUGCUUCUCCUCCCCACUGCUCAUGGUGAGUUACUUAAAUAUGAAAGGGGCAAACUAGUAGUAGGUUUGUCAAGUUGAACAUACAGCACUGACUUAACUAGCUAAGUAAACUGAGAGAGAAAUUCUAACUGCCUAUCAGGUGUCAGUUAAUUAGUGUCUUUCCCUCAUUUACUCUCUUCCUCUAAAAGCUCUGUCCUGCUGUUUGACUUCCAUGUUCCUUUUCUCCUUCCCCUUGUUUCCUUCCUGUAUAACCAUUGAGUUUAUGAAAUGGAAGAGUUAAUUGCAUGCACUAGUAUUUGGAGGGUGUUGUGGCUUGUCUUUCUAAUUAGGUGUGUAUCCUAUUCACUUUCCCUAGAAUAACUCUCUUAACCUGAGUUUGAAUAGUCUCCAUUUUGGCAACUCCUCUGGCAGUUUGGUAGCCCAGUAAGAACUUGAAAAUAAAAAGUACGAGGAGUGAAUUUUAUGAACAUGCUUGCCAAAUGUAUUGAGAUUUGGCCUCUGAAGAACACUUCCAGUGUUGUCUUUAAGAUAUACUUUGUAAUAUUAAUUUUAAGUUCUAUCUUCACAUCCUCCUGGAAAACUUGUAUUGCCAUGGAUUUAGAAGAAUGACAACAAGCUUCUUGUGUAAAGAUAAGCGCUCUAGCUCUCUCUAACCCUGUCCUUUGUUGCAUCUUUCUAGUUUGCCUCAUUGCUUAUUAUUAGUAGUACAGGGUGGGUUAAGUUCGCUAUGCUGCUAGCGUCCUAAGAUGAUACCUUUAUUGAAAUAAUUGUGAAUAGCAUGAUUCAUUUCAAGCAGAGGCUGAGUUUAGGACAGCAGCUUCCAUUCAAAAGAUUUCUGUGACAUGAUAAGCAUUUUAAUGACCUCUUGGCUCACAUAAACAAUAACAUAGGGACAUAUCUGCGAUGAAAAACUAUGAAUUUCCCAAAUAGUGCCCUGAAGACAAGUUUAUAUGUCUCACUGGUGGUUUAGGUUUUAUCCCCUCACUUGACUUUGUUUACUGGUGCAUUGUUUACUGGUACAAAGCAGCAUUGCCAAAUAAUCCCUAGUUUUCCACUAAAAGAAUAAUAAUGAAAUGGUGUUAAAAUUUUUUGAAAUGUUUUUGGGUUAAACCUGCUAUUGUUAGAUCAAUUUUAAUGUAUUUGUUGCUUCCCUGUAUUUGGAAUAUGGCAGUAGCUUUUUCCCUUUUAACCCUCUUUAAUCCUUAUUCAAUUCCGUGACUUAAGGUUUGAGAGCUAAACACUGGACUUCAUGGCUAACAGACUGACAGUUUUGUUGUUACUAAUUCUAAUCGGCAUUGUACAUAGAAAGGGUAUGGCUACCUUUUGUUAAGUCUGCACUUUCUAAAUCUCAAAAAAGGGAAAAAUGGAGUAUAAAUCAACUUUUGUAUAAUCUGUUUGAAACAUGAGUUUUAUUUGCUUAAUAUUAGGGCUUUGCCCCUCUUCUGUAAGUCUCUUGGGAUCCUAUGUAGAAGCUGUUCUCAUUAAACACCAACAGUUAAGUCCAUUCUCUGGUACUAGCUACAAAUUCGGGUUCAUAUUCUACUUAACAAUUUAAAUAAACUGAACGAUUUCUAGAUGGUCUACUUCUGUUCAUAUAAAAAGAAAACGUGAUUUCCAA